GAAAAAAUUCCAGGCCAACCUCGAAGAAGUGAGCUAACCAGCUGCAUGGUCAAUUGUAGCAGUUACGGAUGGAUCGAUGUCUCUGAAACGGUAAAGUGGUAAAGUGACAAAAUCAAAAAACGAAUCCUUAAACCUCUAUACAAGUGUCUGCUCCAAAGAGCCAAAUGUACAGAAGCCAUAUCUCUACCUCACUCAUCCCAACCCUAAAAUGCAGAAACUGCUGAUACCAAAACCUAAACCUAAAACUAGAAGUCGAAAUCGAAGAAAUGGCGAAACACGCUGUUGGUUGGCUUCCGUUCCAGAGGCGAUGGCUGUUAGCUCUCUUAGUCAUGCUUUCGCUCUCUAUGGCUAUCGCUUUCUUAAUGAAAACCGCCUUCGAUUCAUGCGAUCGUCAAUUUGAAGUUGUUCAAAAACCACUUCGCUCGAUUACUGCUUCGCCAAUCAAAGCUACUACUGAUAAUCCUCUUAGUUUCAUGAAGUCCAAGCUUGUUCUCUUGGUCUCGCAUGAGCUAUCUUUAUCUGGUGGACCACUGUUGCUGAUGGAGUUAGCUUUUCUAUUAAGAAGUGUUGGUGCUGAAGUUUGUUGGAUUACCAUCCAGAAAUCUUCAGGAACUGAUGAGGUGAUAUACAGUUUAGAGCAAAAGAUGCUAGUCCGAGGAGUGCAGGUGUUACCUCCAAGAAGUCAAGAAGCUAUAGGUAAUGCUCUUAAAGCUGAUAUGGUUGUUUUGAAUACUGCUGUUGCUGGGAAAUGGCUGGAUAUAGUCCCGAAGGAACACAUUCCUCGUGUUCUUCCAAAAUUGUUGUGGUGGAUCCAUGAAAUGCGUGGACAUUAUUUCAAAUUGGAUUAUGUCAAGCACCUUCCUUUGGUUGCCGGUGCUAUGAUUGAUUCACAUGUGACAGCACAGUAUUGGAAAAAUAGGACUCAAGAGCGUUUGAGGAUUAAAAUGCCUGCAACCUAUGUUGUUCAGCUUGGAAAUAGCAAUGAACUCAUGGAAGUUGCUGAAGAUAGUGUCGCAAAAAGGGUUUUGCGCGAACACAUUCGAGAGUCUCUUGGAGUGCGAGAUGAAGAUAUACUCUUUGCAAUAAUUAACAGUGUUUCACGUGGAAAAGGACAGGAUCUAUUUUUACGUUCUUUCUAUGAGAGCUUGCAGUUGAUCCAAGGGAAGAAGCUGCAGGUGCCAUCAGUGCAUGCAGUAAUUGUGGGCAGUGACGUGACUGCUCAGACCAAGUUCGAGACAGAAUUACGGGACUAUGUGAUCCAGAAAAAGCUUCAAGAUCGUGUUCACUUUGUGAAUAAAACUCUUACUGUAGCUCCUUAUCUAGCUGCAGUUGAUGUUCUUGUUCAGAAUUCGCAGGCACGGGGAGAAUGCUUUGGCAGAAUAACCAUUGAAGCCAUGGCAUUUCAGUUGCCUGUAUUGGGAACGGCAGCAGGUGGCACCACUGAGAUUGUUGUAAAUGGGACAACAGGUUUAUUGCACCCUGUCGGAAAAGAAGGUGUUACUCCCCUUGCGAAAAAUAUGGUCAAACUUGCCACUCAUGUGCAGACAAGGCUGACAAUGGGGAAAAGAGGCUAUCAAAGGGUCAAACAAAUGUUUUUAGAACAUCACAUGGCACAUAGAAUCGCUAUGGUACUGCAGGAAGUAUUGAGCAACUCCAAGGGCCAUAACCAUUCAUAAUCACAUUUUAAAUCUGAGCUGCGCAUAGGUUUAUACUGAAUUGCAUUUUUCAGCUUGUGUCUCUAAAACAGAAUGAACUAAACGAGAUGCGUAUAGAUUUUCUAUAGUUAUGGCCAAAAGUUGCACUUCCUGGCUGACUUUGUACUAGAGCUGUAAAUCAUGUAAGUGGAGAAAUCAUCUUUGUUGUUUGUUUACAUAUAGUCUUAUAUAAAAGGUAUAUGUCAAGACGAUGCUUUGGUGGAUUC